AUGAGUCAAGCUUCUUCUGCCAAGAUGCUAAAGGAGCAUGCCAAACUCAUCAAGGAAUGUAUGGGAAAACAAGAUUGGAAAGGAGCCUUGGUCGAAUUAAAAAAGGCUUUAAAAUUGGAUAAUACAAAUUUCAACAUGUUUUUAUAUUGUGGAUUUUGUCUGGGAAAAUUAUAUGUUGCUGAUCAGGAUGAACAAUACUUUACUCAAGCAGAGCAAGCCUAUGAAAAGGCUGCUAGUUUGCAAAAAGAUAGUGAACAACCAUUAUUAGGCUUGUUAGAAUUAUAUGAACAAAAAUUAUCAUCUGCUACAGAGUGUAGGAAGAAGGCUUUACAAGUUUGCGAAAAAUUACUUCCUCUUCUCAAGUCUAAAGAUCAAGAAAAGUGGUUGAAUCAUCUUGGAAAGUAUCAUCAAUGGUUUAAUUUGGAUAUUCGUUCACUUUCAGAAAGUGAAUUAACUUCAGCACUCAUCUCCAAGUAUGAAAAAUUGAUCAAUGAUUUUAGUAUUAUUGCUGAGAAGAGUUCAUCAUCAAAAUACACACAAAUGCUCGAUACAUUAUUCCUUGAACAAUAUAGAGAGAGAUUGCAAAUUGAUAAACUUCUUGAUGAAAAGGUUCAAGAACAAAUUCUUGAACUUCGUGAAAAACAAAAGAAAAAACUCUUGAAGGAAAAGAAAAAGUUGAGUGAUAGAGAAUUGGAAAAAUUAAUGCCAAGUGAUAUUGAACUCUUACCAAUGAAUAAGAGAGAAGAAUUGAAGGUCACUUUGAAAGUAGAAACUACACAAUUUUACUAUUCUCAAAAUUUGGAAACAAGUGUCGACAACCUAUUGGCUCAAAUUGUUGAAUUUUGUAAGAAGAAUGAAAUGUUUUGCGAUUUCCAUGUUUUUGACAAGAUGAUAGAAAGAACUCAACAACGUUUCAGACUAGUCCAAGACAAGGAAGUUGAAACAAAGUUAAAACAAGGUUUGGUAUCUAUUUGUAAGGAAGCUCUCUCCAUGCACAAGAACUAUUUCAAAGCUAUUGAACAACUUUUCCUUAUUAAUGAAGAAGAUAAUUAUGACAUUUUUGAUGAGAAGAACUUACAGGAAAAGGUUAUUACUAGAAGAAUGUUACACUUAUUCCCAUAUGAAGGUCUUUCCUACAUUAAAUUAUUUGAAUUGCUCAGAAAGGAAAAUAUUAAGAGUGAUAAGAUUGAAGAUGAAUUAAUGAUUCUCUUACAGAGAGGUAUUGAAUUAAUACCUCACUUUAUUCAAGGUUGGAUCUUACUUUCAGAGCUUUAUUUGAGUUUGGAAAAGUACAAGAAUGCUUCUGAAAUUGCUAGAAAGGGCUUGUUAAUUGUUGAAGAAAGAAAAACUCAAACCAAAGCAUCUUUGGACAAGCAAGUAGCAAAGUUAAAGAUUCUUCAAGCAUAUUCUCUGUUGAAGUUUGGUGCUCUUGCAGAGGCUGAAGAAAUUUAUAAGGAGGUAAUGCAAAAUGAUGCAGACAAUCUUGAUGCAAUCAAGGGUAUUGCUGAUAUCGAAUAUCAAAGAGGUAAUUUGACCAAAUCAAGAGAAUAUUAUGUCAGAGCCAUUCAAAUCAAUCCACAAGACGAUUUGACUCUUUGUCAAACAGGUUGGUUCUGUUAUUUGGACAAGGAUUAUGAUGCAGCUGUAAAGUACAUCAAUGCAGCCAUUGAAGUUAAUCCAAAUAAUUACUUGUACUUCUUUAGAUUGUCUAAAGUUUAUUGGGAUUGGAAUGAAAGUUAUAGACAAGAUAAGCAGUACUGUUACUCCUUACUUUUGAAGUCUGCAAGAUUGAAUCCAAACUUUUCAAGUAACUAUGCUUACUUGGGUCAUUUCUAUAAGAAUAUCGAACAAGAUGAAGAUAGAUGUAUUAAGUGCUAUAAGAAAGCCGUUACUUUGAAUCCAUUAGAGGACGAAGCAGGUGAAAAUUUGGGCGAUAUUUACAUCUCUAAAGGUCAAUUAACACUUGCUGCCAGUCUUUUCCAAGAUGCCACCUCUAGAAACAAUAGAGCUGGUUGGGCUUGGGCAAAGCUUGGUUUUUAUCAACAAUCACAAAAUUUAUUGGAUGAAUCCAUUCUUUCAUUCCAACACGCUUUAAGAGUUUCUCCAUUGCAUGCUCUCUGCUGGGAAGGUCUUGGAGAAAGCUAUAAACAAGAAGGUAAAUACUUGGCAGCUCUCAAGGCAUUCUCCAGAGCUGUCGAAUUAGAUUCAUCUUUGGUAUUUUCUAUGGUGCAAUCAGCCUUUAUCAAAUUCCAGUUGAGUGAAUAUGACAACAGUAGAGAAAUCUAUGAGAAGGUUAUUGCUCUCAAUGAAAAGUUCUCUGUUGCCUAUGAAGGAAUUGCUGCUGUCUUGUUCAAGGUUGCACAAAACUAUUACAGUGAUGGUUUAUUCACUCAAUGUGCUCACCAAGUUAUUAGAGCCCAAUGUGUUCUUACAAACGGUAUUAAGAAACACUUUGCUACUCUCAAGACUUUGUGGAAAUUAUUGGGAGAUAUUCAAAGUUAUUGCUUCCAAAUUCCUGAAAGAAAUAUUGUGGAAGCCAUCUCAACAUACAGAGAAUUGUGUAAGAAUGACAAUAGUAUUUAUAUUGAAACAUUCCAAGAUGAAUUAAAGACCAAGUUGGAUUACUUGAAGCAAGCAUCUACAUCCUUUACAAGUUUGAUCUCUCUUGAUGAGAAUGAUUCUGAUACUUGGUUUGAUUUGGCUGUUUCUGAAAUUAAUCAACUUUUUGAUAUGGUAGGACCUCAUGGAGAUGAUCAUAAAGAAUUGAGAGGAAAGGCAUUAGAACACAUUAGAAAAGCCAUUACAUUGAGUCCACAUAAUAGUAAUUAUUGGAAUUGUAUGGGUAUCAUCUCUGACAAUGAUGUAGUUAAACAACAUUGUUAUAUUAGAGCUACUCAAAUCGAUACCAAGAAUCAUAUUGCAUGGAAUAAUUUAGGUGCCUUAUACUUGAAGAAUUUCAACCUCAAAUUGGCAAGAAAGGCAUUCUUGAAAGCUCAAGCUAUUUAUCCUGAAAGCAGUGUUGCCUGGGUUGGUCUUGCUUUAAUCAAUGAAAAUGUUACAAAUAGAGAAGGUGUUAUUAGAGCAAAGGAAGAUUUCAAACAUUCAACAACUCUUGAAAAUGUUCCUCCUGCCUAUCUUGGACUUGCCUAUACUUCAUUAUUGAGCAAUGACUCUAUUUAUGCUAUUCAAUCUAUUAUGAAGUACUUCCAAUUCAAUACUACAGAUUAUGCUGCUUGGAAUAUUUUGGGUGUAGCUCUAGAAAUGCAACAACAGUAUGAAAAAUCUUUGGAAGCAUUCAACAAGUGUGAAGGCCUCUUGAUUGACUAUCAAAUCAAGUAUAAGAGCCAAGCUGAUACUCAACAAAAAGGAUUUAUUCAUAAUACCAAAUCUAUUAUCUUUGCUGAAGCUGAUUUAUACUCUGUUGAAAAUAUGUUAUAUCUAGUUAGGAUUAACAAGGCAAGAGUUCUUUGCAAACUCUCUAAAUUCAAUGAUGCCAGCUCAGUUUUCGAACUUUGCAAGCAAUAUUCUUCAGAUGAUAUGGGUAUUUUGAUGGGAUCUGCCAUUACUAGUUGUUUUGCUUCAGAUUUCUCAUUCUCUAUCAAGAGUAUCUUAUCUGCCAUUGAGAGCUCUUCAAAGAAAAUUAAAGAAGGACUUGAAAGUGAAAAGAGAUUAAUUGAGUUGUAUAAUUUAAUUGCCAAGGUUUAUUAUCAACAAAAAGAUUUUAAGAAAGCAAAGGAAUAUUUUGAAAAAUGUAUCAAUGAAUUCCCUAGCCAUGAGGAGGCUUAUCUCAGUUUAACUUCCUUAUUAGUUGUAGCGGAGCCUAAAAAUUCUACUCCAGCUCUAGAAGUAAUCAGAAAGUUGAAGGCAAGACAAUCUUCUUUAAGUUUAGAAACAACCAAGUUGGAAGCUCUUAUUUAUUGUAGUUAUGGUGAAUAUGAAAAAGCUAGAAACUCUAUUUGUAAGGUCAUUCACAUGAAUCCUGCCGAACCAAAGUUGUGGGAUUUACUUUCCCAAGUUACUCUUGACUAUCAAUUCAUUUCUAUGGCAACAGAUGUUAAGAAGAAGAAUAAGAAGAGCAAGGCCAAAUUUGAAGUCGAUGAAACACCAAUUGCUUCUACCAACUCUGGAGCUAUUUCUCAACUCACAACCCAACUCUUGCAAAACUCUCUUUCAAAGUUUUCUACAGAAACAUUCGUUAAUGACAAAUCUUCUGUAAUUGAAAGAUUGUACAAUAUUGCUUGUUUGUACUAUGCAAUGGGUUCAGCUCCAUCUUAUCAUAAUGCUAGAAUUACAUUGAAACAUGCCAUGUCUAUGGCUCAAAAAGCACUCAUGUUAGAUCCAAGCAAUAUGAAAAUUUUCAGAUUACUUACCUCUUGUACUCAUUCACUUUCUUUGAUUGAAAAAGAAAACUCUUACAAUAAGGCUGCUGGUACUCUUCUUAAAUCUUACUUGGAAAUUAAUGAUACUGUUACUGAUUUACCACUCCAAAUUGCUUUGCUCGAACAAUAUAUUUAUAAUGGAGAGUAUACAAAGUGUAUGGGUGCUAUCAAGUCAUUAAUGGAAAAGCACAAGGAUAAUGCAACUAUUGAAUCAUCAUUAUUUGCACUUCUUGGAAAAUGUAUUUUGGCUAAGGGAGAAUCUAUGGAAAAGGUUAUGAAAUUAUUUACCAAUUCUCUCAAAAAGGAUAAUACUAACUUGUACGCUUGGUAUACUUUGGCAACCAUUUUGAUUAAUCAAAAGAAAUUCACAAUGGCAAAGUAUUGUGUUGAAAGCUGUUUAUCCAUUUCAAAGAAGAAUAAUGAUUUGAGCAAUGAAUUCUUAUCGAAUAGCAUGUUGGCAUAUAUUUGUUUAAUGAUCAGUCUCAUUAAUAACAGUAAGGAAAUGAUUACUGAUGGUAUUCAAUUUACCAAGAAUGCUUUCAGAAUCAAUAAUGAAUCUGCUCCUGUCUAUUUGAUUUAUGGUAAAUUACAAUUCCUUAAUGGAAAUUUGGAGGAGGCACUCAAUGCCUUCCAACAAGUUAUUAGAAUUGAUCCAGAACAACCUCUUGCAUCAAUCAACAUGUACUGGGUACAUUACAAUAAGGAAAACUGGGGACCAGCAGAAGAAUCUUUAUGGGCUGAAAAGAGCAAAUCAUCCAACCAAGCAGAAGUUGUUUUCACACUUGCUUCAUUUGCUUUUGAAAGUGAAAUGCCUGCUCCUGCUUUGAAAUUCAUUCAAAAAGCCAUUAGAUUAGACCCAUCCAAUACUAAAUAUUGGGACUAUUUGGAUACAAUUCAACAAGCUCUCAAACCAAAAGAACCAGUCAAACCACAACAACAAGCCAAAAAGAAGAAAUAAAGUUAACUUCCCGCUCACAAAAGUUUGGCGCC